GAAGCCUGCUUUGUCACCAGCCAAUCUGGCCUGGCGCUCUUCAGUGGAAGAUGACUUGGCGGCCCAGUCGCGCUGGAUGAAGAAGUCUGCUGAACUGCACAUUCCCAGGAGCCGUCGUGCUGCUGAUCCUAGCCGGGCCAAGUUCUUGCUGCUGAACGUGAAAAGUGGAGCCACAUGCGGGCGGCCGGAGCUGGCGCUGCUGAAAUCUCAGCUCAAGCGCCGAGGCCAGAAAGCUGCCGCGCUUCUCCUGACUUUCGG